AUACUCAGCAACGUCAACUUUACUCAACCAUUACUCAACCCUUGGUCCUCAAAAUUCAUCCAUCAUCAUCCCCCCCUUCAUCCCUUUCAUCCCUCUCAUCCAAUUGACCCAAUAGAUCUUCAUUUCAUAGCCAUCCGUCUCCUGACUUUGACAAACCAAUUCCCUCAUCUCUCAUUACCUGUCGUCAUUCGGAGUCUGGAUUGUAUAAUGAGAAUUCAAGAGGAAUCUCAUGACUAAGGGCCUGCAUUUCUCAUUACACAUCGCUGCAUGCCAAUACUGGGGUCAAAAGGUUCCAACAAGGUCAAUAUCGCAAUAGUCAAUCCAUCAAGUCCCAUACUUCCCCAGCUUCCCAGGCUUCCCAGGAACGUGUUAGUUUCUCUUACCCCGGAUUGUGUCACCUGCCGCUUAAAAAAGGGACCGUGUUUGACAUUUACCCUAGACUCUGCACGGCACGCAAUUUGAAUCCGGAAUUUCUUCAUAGAACUACACCGCUAGCUUGAUGAAACUCAUCGUUCGUUAAGUAAUAGCGCAUUUAACUCGCAUAUUCAAAUUACAUUACGUUUCUCUUGUCUCAUGGCUUCUCCGGAAAACAAUGUUGGUCAUGAACAGCACGAUCAGCAUAGACAACCGGGCCAGCACAUGAACAGCAGAGAGUAUGCUGUGUCCCAAGACGUUCAGGAUCCUCUUCGUCAGAUUAGAAAUGAAUUCCUCAUUCCUUCUACGGCUGAUUUGCGAGCCAGCACUUUGUCAAGUUUAGGUACGAGAUUCUAAUCUCGGGGGUUGGAUCUGAUAGCUAAAUGGCACCUUAGAAUCUUCAAUUACCACUUCGGGCGAUCCUUGCGUUUACCUUUGUGGAAACUCACUUGGCUUACAGCCGCGUAUCACCUCGACUCGUAUCGAGCAAUAUCUCAAGACUUGGGCAACCCAAGGUGUAUUUGCUCAUUUCAAACCACUUUCUGAUUCGCCUUUGCCAACAUGGCUUCACGUAGAUUCAAGUGCUUCGGGGAACAUUGCCCCUAUUGUUGGUGCGGAACCUUCAGAGAUUAAUGUCAUGCAGACUUUGACUGCCAAUUUGCACCUCAUCAUGUCCGCAUUUUACAAGCCCGAUGUCAAUGGUAGACAUAAAAUCAUAUUGGAAAGCAAAGCAUUUCCAUCAGAUCACGUGCGUCGCCCCUAUUCGCAUUCGUCACCAAUCGUCUAUGCCGGCUAAAUAAUUUACAGUACGCCGUAGAGUCGCAGAUCCGACAUCACAACCUCUCACCUGCUAUAUCGAUGAUAACCCUCGAGUCAAAUUCAAUUGCCGGGCCCACGCUUCCCACUGAUUACAUACUUAAAGCCAUUGAAAUCCAUGCCAAAGACACAGCUCUUCUAAUUCUCCCAGGGAUUCAAUUUUACACAGGUCAAUUAUUCGACAUACCCCUCAUUACACGCAGAGCUCGUGAUUGUGGCAUAUUUGUCAUUUGGGAUCUCGCUCACGCAAUUGGUAAUGUCCCACUUUACCUGCAUGAUUGGGACGUCGAUGCAGCCGCAUGGUGCACUUACAAAUAUCUAAAUGCGGGACCGGGGUGCAUCGGUGGAAUGUUUAUUCAUGACAGGCACACACAAGUCCGUGAUUCAUCACAAAACACGGAUGCAGGUCCUGGGUUCCUGAAUAGAUUAAGUGGUUGGUGGGGUAAUGACAAAAACACGAGAUUCGCCAUGGAGAAUAGCUUCGUGCCGAUAGCCGGCGCUGCGGGAUUUCAAUUGAGCAAUCCAAGUGUGCUAGAUAUCACAAGUCUAAACGCAUCAUUGGAGGUGUUCAAACUUGCCGGUGGAAUGGAAGAGUUGAGGGCUAAAUCCGUGAAGAUCACUGCUUAUUUGGAAGACUUACUUUUAGAUACGACGAUCUACGAAAAGGGAAGAUUCUCGAUUGUCACACCGCAGGAUAGGGAACAGAGAGGGGCUCAGCUGAGUCUGCAGUUGGCUGAUGGAUUGUUGGAUGUUGUUAUGAAAGAACUGGCGUUGCGGGGAGUGGUCGUGGAUGAGAGACAACCAAACGUAAUAAGAGUGGCGCCAGCUCCUCUUUACAACAGUUUCGAGGAUGUAUGGAAGUUUGUGGCCGCGUUUAAAGAAGCAAUGGAUAUCUCUUGGAAGGUAAAUCUCGGCGAAGUGUCUGCUAAGGGCACGGGAACUGGAGAUGUCUUCAUGAGAAGAUAAGACAUCCUUUUGAGGCAAUCACGGUGAUGAAAGUUUUUACCUCCAUGUGCCGAAUGUAUUGUCUAUUAUCUCCGAGUAUCGUCAAAUAAUUCUGGCCGGGCCUCAUGCAAUGCCGUCGGGUCAGAUGUUUUGAUCUCUAUCAAUACUUAAAAACCGAUUUCCGGCCAUCCAAACCCUUGAGCUAUCAAAUUUCAUUAUUGACAGCUAUGAAUCUGAUGUUGCUCCCUUGUCCCGUAUCAGUGCGCAGCCGUAACGGUUCUCAGUUGGUGCCUGACCUCAAGUAUGAUGCUCUGGGCAAGCCUAAUCAACUCCAGCCUUCCUAUGCGACCAGUACCUGUCUCUUUGCAUUUCACUCAGCAUUCCAGGAUUGUAUAUUGCCCAGGGCUGACCAAAAAUGGCACAAUACCUUUCGCCAAGAGUCCUGGACAAGCUGCACCACAUACCUUAGUCACUAUCUUCCGAGUAGACCGGAGAGGAAUAGAAUAGGAAAACUGACACAUUGUAAUCACAUCGGUCGGCCAACAACAUAAUAUUGCAAGGCGAAUAUGCAUCCUUAAGGAGAAAUAAGUCCAGACGGUUCUUGUGCAUACAGGCAUUUACGGUACCUAUGUCGCGCAACCUGAGAAAUAGAGAUUAUGCAUGGCUUGUGUGAGUGAUACUUGAGAUUAUGUAUGCUGUAGACACUGUGGAAGUAUGUCAACCGUCUUGGAAGACUAGAGCCAGGUCUAGGAAUCGUGUCUGCUUUCUAUUCAUCUAUUUUCCCGAAAACAAUAUA